AUUCGUUUUUUAUUUACUUUUCAUUAAAGCAGCAAAACAAACAUUCAGGCAAAGCAGCAACGCCAAAUCCAAGUACAAACAACCAGUUAAAAAAAUCGUUUCGUCUUACUAUCGGUUGCUUAAAUCCGCGAAUAAGAAAAAAAAAAUGGCAAACACAUUGAGGCUGUAUUUGACUUGCAUAAGGAACACUCUUGAGGCUGCCAUGUGUCUCCAGAACUUUCCAUGUCAAGAAGUUGAAAGGCAUAAUAAGCCAGAAGUUGAACUAAAGACAAGCCCAGAACUUCUGCUAAAUCCUGUUUUGAUAUGUCGAAAUGAGGCAGAAAAAUGCUUAAUAGAAACAUCUAUCAAUUCACUUCGAAUAAGCCUCAAGGUAAAACAAGCAGAUGAACUUGAAAACAUACUGACGAAAAAGUUUCUUAGAUUUUUGUCAAUGAGAGCAGAAGCAUUUCAAGUUUUGAGACGAAAGCCAGUACAGGGUUAUGAUAUCAGCUUUCUUAUCACAAACUACCACUGUGAAGAGAUGCAGAAACAGAAGCUCAUUGAUUUUAUUGUGCAAUUCAUGGAGGAUAUAGAUAAAGAGAUAAGUGAAUUGAAAAUGUCUGUCAAUACACGGGGGAGGCUGGUGGCUACAGAGUUUUUGAAGCAAUUUAUCUAACAUCCUGAAGAUUAUUGUAUCUCUGAAUGAAUUUCGCUCCAGCAGAUCCUUUAAACCAUUUUGACGCGAGUGUCAAUAAUUCUCGGCCAUGAGCUACAUUCAGAUGUCUUGCUUUGUGAUCAUUCAUCAGAAGUAGUCAUUGUCAAGUAUAUUUGAUCAAAACAAGACAAAUCUCUUCGUUGUGCUUUUACCUUCAUAUAUGAACUCAGUUAAUGAACAAGGAGGAUAAUAUCUGUAUAAUUUUAAAUUAUGAACCAAUUGACUGGAAUUUUUGUGACUAAGAUGAGUUUUCUUAUUUCCUGGAAAA